AUGACGGUGGCCCAGUACGGCCACACUGCUGGGAGCACAGCAAUGCCCGCUCCCAAGAAAGCGGUCCAUCGAGACUACGCCCGAAGGCCGGGACGUCUCAAGUGGGAUGAUCAGGGCGGAGGCGAGUCUCAGUCGCUCUACCCGCAGCUGCUCAAGUCGCCUCCUGGAGGUCCAGGCUCUGUAGAUGAAGAACUCCCGCUGACUAGUCUCAUGAAGGAUCGAUCCGACGUCACUGCCAUGACCUGCAACGAGUCGAAGUCGUGGGCCGACAGCGCGACGUCUUUUGGCGUCACCAUGCUCGUGGAUGGCCCCAAUUUCGAGUCUGUAAGGAAAAUGCUGAAUGAUACCGUGUUGUGUUCGUGUCGUCUUGUCGUUGCUUCGAGUUUGUCUUGUCUCGUUUCGUUUUCAGUUCUCCUUCCUCCUUGGCACAGGCUGCAGGAACUCAUCCAUCUGCGGUCCUGCCAAGGGACUCGCAGCAACCACUCACAUUUCAUUCUCUUCCUUUCUCGUGGCCAGGGCGGGAGCUCUCGGUCCACAUUUUCCAAUUCGGCAUCGGACAGUCGCUUUGCCACGGAUAUGUCGGUUGCGUCCAUGAACAGUUCCGGGAACUGUUCAAGAUCCAGAGAUCGACCACUACAGCCACCCAAACGGACGUACUACAGGAAUAACGGGUCUCCGGUUAGGUCCGGUGCUGAUCUUGGUCGCGUUCCUCAAGAUGAUGACAGUGCACAGAAAACUGUGCGCCGUGGAUCCGCGGGACAUCAUGGUGGCGGUGGUCGCGGACGACAACAAGACUAUCAAGACCAGCGGAUGAGGCGUCAAGAGGUGGAUCGCAGUGAUUUCGGAUACGAGGAACCCAACAGGCUUCAACAACCUGUUCGUCAAUACGAACGGACGAGGUACCCUGAAGAGGACUGGGACUACUACCAAGAUCGCAGUAGUGCUGGAGGAUAUCAUCACCAACGCCGUCACCAUCAUCAGCCACCCCCCAUGCGUCCUUUCGAAGAAGAACCGAGGCAAUACUAUGAGCGGGAACAGGAACCACCAAGACGAUACUACGAGGAAGAAGAACAAGAUCCUAGACGGGGGUACUCGUACAACAACGAGGAACCACCACGUUCCCGGGAUGCGCAUAGACAUUACCGGGACGAACAAGCACCACCAACGCGGGGCUAUCAUCACCACCACUACGAUGAGUACCAGCACCAGGGUCGAGGCUACAACCGCCAUGACCACGGGCCGCCACCACAACGAGGUUACGAUGCCUAUGACGAAAGGUAUCAUGGGUACUAUGAACGCCCAAGGUAUGAUCUCCGCUACGAGCCUGACCUUCACUAUCAUCAUCAUCAUCAGCGCGAAGAACAUCACCAUGGUCGCAGGUACGAAGAAGAUCAUGACUAUCGGUGGGAUCCUCGCGACCCGCGCUAUGAGCAACCGCUUCGAAGACGCGAUGAUGGCGACAGGUACUACGAACGAGGACCUCGAGAAGACAGGUACUACGAACAAGGACCUCGAGAAGACCCAUACUAUCACGACAGGUUGGAAGGCGAAUACGAGCAUCAUCAGCCCAGAGAGCACGAGCUUUACGACCAGCCGUCCCAAGUUCAUCAUGAGCGUGCAUACGAUGAGCCGUCAGUUCCAAGGCGAGCAGCCAACUCCGGAGACGACCUUCCCCAACCGACCGAGCGUGAUCACCACGAUAGUCGUGGCGUAAAGGACCAAGAAGAUCCAAUUGCCCAACCAGGAGCCUACCAACAACAGGGCGGCUCCAGGAGAGGCAAGUUGAAGGACGACGCACUUUACUCGAGCACCCGUCGUCUCCCUGGUGCAUUUCAUGAGCAAAGUCCUCCUUUAUCGAAACAAACGAAGGACGGAAAGAACGACCCCCCAAGAAAGCCUGAGCGCGGUCCAGAAGAUCCAGCGAAGCCGCAUGAUACCAUCUUGAUUGAAGUAUUUCCUGGUGUUUCCGAAAAGUUGCGACGCGCCAAGGAAACGGAGGAAGCAGUGGCGGCUGAUUUCUACACUCCAGCGACUUGCUUCAGCUGUAAUCUUGAUCUCUUUUGCAUCUCGGACGUGAAGUACUUCAUUUGCCCUGAAUGCAGGUGUGUAAGUCCUCUAGAUGAAACCAGCAAUGGUAUCAGAGAUCGCCAGGGGGUCGGCAUCGCGUUUGGCUACAAGACGCUGUCUCGGAUGCAGGAGCUCUCACGACGUUCCAAUUAA